AUGAUUAUCUUUUAUAAUAAAUCAAUUUUUCCUUUGUUUAAUCUUAUUCCAUCUGACAAUGAAGUUUCUCCACGUAAACCAUCCGAUAUUGGUGGUAAAAGUAAUGGUCAUCAUAUUCAUGCUGAAUAUGCAAUGAAUCCAUCAAUAGUUAAUUUUUAUUCAAUUUUAUUAUUAUCUGAUGAACAGAUGAUGGAAAACAAUGAUCAUUAUCAUCAAUGA